AAUUCAAAAUCCCUAAUUGCAAUCCUCUUCUUCGAUACACUUCCACGACAGACGAAUCAAAAUCACUGAGCUCCUUUCCCUUCCCUCUGAAUCACGAUCACGGUAAUGGUGGUGCCUCCAUUUGGUGGUGGUCGUCUGGUCUGAGGCGUGGUGGUCGUUCGUCGUGUGUCUACGGCGUGGUGGUCGUUCAUCGUGUGUCUACGACGUGGUGGUCGUUCGUCGUCUGCGGCAAAACGGUGUAUUCACACCCCAUAGGUUUGAGCGAUCUGCACCUGUAUUCACACGUCCUCUGCAGAUUCUGAGUUUCCAACCCUAAGGUGCAUUUCUAUCUCUUGUCGCUUGUCGCUCAUCUAUGGGGUUCUUAUUCUCAUGCUAUCUUCAGACGUUUGUUUGACUGUCGUCUGGUCUGUGCGUGCUCAUUGGUGGUCUGAGUGGUCUACGACGAUGCUAGAGUCGACGUUGGUGGCCAUUUGUUAGUGUUGUGCACUGGUCUGCGACGACGUUUGGCCUCUCUGCGUUAAUUGGAGUUUCUGUGUGCCGAACAUGUCCAGAUUCUUCUUUGGGAACUAGCCAGAACAUUGCAUCUCUGUGGUGGCUGCAUUAAGCUUGGAAACUUUGGCAGCAACUUGCUGUUUGGUUUACCUCCUUUGGUGCCCGGGUUAAGUUUAACACUUGCUGAUGUUGGUGGCCAUUUGUUAGUGUUGUGCACUGGUCUGCGACGACGAGGUGCUUUUUUGGUGUUUUCCUCCUCUACAAUCAUCCCCUGCCUGCUGCAAUCAUUGUCUGCUGCAAAUAGGUUAAAAAAUAAUUCCAACCCAUAAAAAAAACCCUAGAACUGUAAACCCCAUCCCUCACGGAGACACUCGUAGAGAGGCCAGCGUGAAGGCCGCUACCGCCAGGUACGUUGAUACUGCUAGAGUCGCCGCUGAUAGAGGAGCCGCCGAGAGAGGCGUCGCCGUUUUGACUACCAUGGCCAUGAGAGGAGGAAGGAAGAAUUUGAAGAGGGCUACAGAGGAAAAACAUGUUACGCUUCAAGACGGGCAAAGCAUCAUGCAGGUGGUGUCUUUACGAGGCUCUAAUAUCAUUGAGGUCAAGGAUGCAUUUGGCAACAAAUCACUAGCUCUGUUCCCUGCUAAAUUUCGGAAAAGCGUGUGGAUUAAACUAGGGAGCUUUGUUGUUGUUGAUGUAACCGGAAAGGAAAAGGCUCUUGAAUCGGGUAGCAAGAUUGCAUGCCUUGUUUCUCAAGUUCUUUUCUACGAACAAGUUCGAGAACUACAGAAAACUCCUGAAUGGCCUGAAAGUUUUAAAUCUGCAAUGGUUGAUGAAUCAAAAGAAACUUCUGCCUCCCAACAAGAGAAUGAGCUGGAGGACAGUGAUGAUGGACUACCUCCAUUGGAAGCCAAUACAAACAGACUCAGACCUUUCGAGUUGCAAGCCGAUGAAGAUUCAGAGUCUUGUUCAGAUACAGAUGAUUGAAUCAUAUAGUUAGACACCCAUCGCAUAUGAAUUAUUACACUCAAGCUAAAACGGCAAUGUAUGUGAAAGAAUGUUCUUGUCCUAUUUUUAUGUGCUGAUUCUAUUGAAGAUUUGCUUUUCAGAUUUCUCAACCA